AUGUCUCUGGACUUGAAUGAAAGGCGAUAUGUACUUCGAGAUACAAACAUUAGAGCCUCACAAGGAAAGCUUAACAUAGACGAAUCUAUUAAGCUAGACUCAUCUUUAAAAAAGCAUACUGCUUUAAUCAAGAAGCUACGCACAUCAAUAAAUGCAGCUCAAUGUGAAGCCAUAUUGAAAGAUAUAAACAAUCUUUCUUUGGAAAAAUACAUAAGUGAACUAAUUACUUCGGUAGCGGAAGGAUUAAAUAAGGUAGCCAAAAAUGACGUUGAUGCUGCGUUAGAAAUAGUCAGCUUAUUGCACCAACGAUUCCCCAAAUCAUUCACUCCACCCUUGAUUUCUCAGAUCAUUGAGAAUAUAUUUGAACCUGCUGGAGUAGUGGCCGAUCAAGAGAAAGAGAAGAAUGAUCGUUCCCGAAUAUUGCGUCAAAAAAACUUGUCUAGAGUUCUCAUGGAAUUCUACUUGACGGGGUUAGUUAAAACACUUGGCGAUUGUGAUGCUACUUCUUUGUCAAAUUCUACGUUAAGGAAGUUUGAAAAAUACAAUGAUAAGCCUAUUGUGUGUGUUGUGAUAAAGGAAAUCCUAGAGUAUGAUUUCAAGCUGGGGAAUUCUUUGACUAUUGCAACAGUAUUCUUACGAAGGUUUAGUGAUGUAAUAUAUCAGGAAAAUGUGUUACUCGAUACUGAUACUAAAGCUAUUUUCCGUCAGCUUUUCAAGAGAUAUACGACAAAAGUCUUUGACAACUUUGUCUCAUUAAACCUACGUUUGAAACUGGUGCUAGAACGCAAGAAGAAGAGCUCUAUCAGAACAGGAAAAAUAUUAGAUGAAAACUUAACGGAGAUCGAAGAGGUAGAAAUUUUGUUUGAAAAAUUCAAGUCUGCUGCCGAGUUUUUGUCAUCUGCCUUGGAAAUGGAAUUGCCUUAUGUUGAAACAUUCGAUGAUAGCAUAUUGAAAGAACCGGAGCAUAACCUUUCGGCAAACUUCGAUGCAUCUGAUGUUGAAGUUUGGGGGUCUGAGGUUGAAAGAUCCUUUUACAAUGAUAUACCGAAGCCCUCUGAACUCGCACAGAGCAUAUCUCCAAGACUAAAAGGCUCAUCUCAAGGUGAAAGGAUAAGUGACUUCUUUGACAAACUAGAAAAAAUAUCGAAUGAGAAGGAUAUAAGUCAAUCAGUUGUGGAUUUUAAUAGUCUAGAUUUUAAUAAUAAAGCUACCAGGAACAGACUAUUGCGAUUAUUUUCUGAUACAUCAAAGGUUAAUAAUUCUAAAUUUUAUGCCAGGUUUCUUAAAAUUAACGAACAAAAUUUAAAAGACUUAAUUCAAGAAUUGAUUGAAUAUUUGGACAAUGAAUUCCGAAAGCAAAUUCUUGGAAGCAAGUUAAAUUUCAAACAUAUGUCUUUUUUCGUUGAAUUAAUUAAAUUCAAAAUGGUUCCAUCUCAUAUUAUCUUUCAUAAGAUUAGAAGGCUCACUCUCAAUAUAGGCACAGUUACCAAUAUCGACGUCUUGGCGGUGUUUUAUGAUCAAGCUGGAAGAUUUCUACUAGCAGAGCCAGCUUACAGGAAUAUGAUGUUAGAAAUGUUAGAUUUGUUACAAGCCAAACUUCGUAAUGAAAGUCUAACCAUAAAUGAAAAGUUGGCGAUAAAGAACCUUUUAAUAACUGUCGGUCCAUCUCCCAUUAAGAAUAAUGUAGCAAGUGAUUCCCAAAUUGUGUUUCUGUCCAAAAGACUUUUUAUACUCAAACUCCUCAAAGUAGAGUUGAAGAAAUCUACUAUUUCUACCGUUCUUUCAACAUUAGAUAAGAUCAACAAGGAAAAGGAUCCAGAUGCAUUCGAAGUACUUAUGGAAAUGCUUGGCAAGCCUGAAGACUUGUCUUUUAAUAACAUUCCUUAUUUAGCAAGGCUUCUUAAGCAAAGAGAUGGUUCAGUAUUUACAACGGUCAUUGAUACUGUUAUCGAAAAAAUUUUAUGUGGAAUCGAAUCAAACGACUAUAAGCUUAACAGGAUAACGAUAUCCAACAUACAGUAUAUAUCCGAGCUAUUCAAAUUGAGGUGCUUGACAUUGCAAUUCAUGGUGAAUUUAAUGUAUAAGAUAAUAUGCACUGACCAUCCAAACAACCUUCCAUUGCCAAAUAACUAUAAAGUAAUAUCUGAUCUACCUAAUAAUUAUUUUAGAAUUCAGCUAUGCAGCAUUUUGUUAAAAUCAAUUAUUUCGCUGAAAAGCCUAGUGAAAGAAAGUACUUUAUCGGGAUUCGUUGUGUUUUUGCAGUAUUAUAUAUUCUGCAAGGUUUUGCCGCUUCCUGUUGAUAUUGAUAAUGAAGUGAACACUGCGCUUUUUCAUUUACUUGACUCUAUGAAUAUCGAAAGAGCUAGAAGUAUCAAGGAUGCAUUAUCCCAGCUUAAUGAAUUAUCAUUUGCGCGCAAAGCUGAUGAAAAUCAGAAACAAGAUGAAAAUGUACCCGAGGAAUUAGACGAUUUUCGGGAGGACGAAUCUGAUGCUUCUCUUGAUGAUGAACUUAACUAUAAUGAUAACGAGGAUCUAGAUAUCAACGAUGAUGCUGAACUCGAUAUUACUGAUGCUGAUGCUGAUGCUGAUGUUUAUGAUGAUGAGGAGCGUUGUUCUAGUGUCUCUAGCUACACCAGUUCUGAUAGCGGCGAAAGCACUUCUGAUGAGGAUGAAAGUGAUGAUGAAGAUUCCAGUUCUAUAUUAGAAAAUGAGGAAGCGAAACUCACAGAGGAAGAACGCGAAUUUUCUGAAAACUUGGAUAAAGAAUUUCUGAAAAUCCUCUCAGAAUCAUAUGGUCAAAACAAAGCAGCAACAAACCGCAAUAAGUUCCACAUACCGAUUCCAUCAAGGGCAACAUCAAUUAACUCUUCAAGUGAAAAUUUAGGUAUGGUUACUUUUAAUCUUCUUUCAAAAACUGGGAAAAAAUCGCAAUUAAAGUCAGUCAGUUUACCAUCUGAUAGUAGAUUUGCAGAAAACUUGGUAAGAGAAAGAGCAGAUCAAAAGCAAAAUAGGGAAAAGCUCAUAGACAUGGUCCUCAACAUGGAACAAUAG